AUGAACUCCUUUGAUGGUUUUGAAGCAACCGAAUCAGGAUCAUCAAGCCUUUUGGAUAUUCUCAUCCAGGCAGAAGAUCACAGUGACGAAAUAGAUCCAUUGGAUGCAAUUGGAAAUAUAGGAGAUGUUGUUCUUGGUCAACUAUCUGGAGCUAUUGCUUCUGGAGAAGAUGUUAUGCAGAAUGCUCUGAAGAUGUUUCAAGAAGCAAUGUCAUACACGAAGUCAAAGCCACCAAUAUCAAAACAAAUUCGUAAGAAUGACUUCGGAGCAUCUUUUCCGUCGCUUCCCACACUUACGCCAAUCCAAGCCGAGUUGACCGCUAAAGAAUUUCAUCAAAGUGACCGAAGAGCUGGAUUCUCACCACGAACAAAAGUCGACGUCGAUUGUCCUGAAUUCUUCCUAAACGGUCAAAAAACAAGUACACAAUUUAAACUGCUUCACGAAAAACUUGAAAAAGAAAGAAGUCAACAAUUUGAUGAUCUAGUCAGCAAGGAUGUCGAACGCCUUCUGAGCGCCGCCAGUAAAAUUUAUGGGCCCAGAGAAUGGACGAAAGAAGAGAAAAUGGAGUUUUCUUCCUACUGUAGAAACUUAAGAAGUGGGACUUUGAGUGAUGACGAUAAGAAGAAUCUUGAGAAUUUCUAUUGUAAAGCUUACCACGAGAGUUUGACUGGAUCAAGUAUUAAUCAAGAAUCUGUAAAAAAGACCAAAAUAGAAUCCAAGAAAGACGAAGAUGGAAUUGAGCAAGCCUUUGACUUACAGACCACACUGGAUGCUGUUCAAAUGAAUAACCAUGAUCCCAGAAUGAAAUACGAAAAAGAGAAAGAGUUCCGGUAUGCAGCUAACACCAUUUUCACCGAAGUUUUCGAAGCCCGAAUGAAUAACGAAUUUUCUAAAGUAGGAGAAAAUGGAGUUGUGGGAGAUCUGCGAUUUUUGACUAAAAAGUUGAACGAGUUGAUGGGUGAUGAAAACAAACAAUGGAUGCCUACAGAAGUAUCGCAAUUGAGACGGUACCUGGACAAGUUCCGAGAGAAGAUGCAUUUCACAAUUGUGCAAACCAAGGAACUCGGGAAUUUUCUCCGAAAAGUUUUCGGCAGACUGGAGCAGUACGAAAUUGAACGAGAAAACGACACGGUUUUGCAAGAGAAGAGAAAGUACUGGCAAGAAUACAGAAAGACACAUGUUCCUGUCAGAAAAGAGCGAGAACCCAGGGCACACCCAGUGAGACCAUAUAACAGAAGUAAUGUUAAUACGAAAGAAGAAACUCUCGAAGCAAGAAAAAAUCGGAAAGCUGCCUAUCUUCGCCAAUGGAGACUUGAUCAAAAAGAAAAGAAGCUCUACGGGACCACGUUGGAAACAUUGACGAAUUUCCAAUAA